UCUUAACAGACUCAUCUCUGCCUGGAGAGAGCAAGAGGGAGUGAGAGAAAAACAAGCAGGGAAAGAGGGCUUUCACAGAAAGGGAACAGACGGUUCUUCAGACCCCAGAAGACUGGAAGGACUUCUUUGGCUUUAGUUCCCUGGAUCUGGAUUACGUGUUUUCUGAUAUCAUGAAAGGCUAUUUUUCUAUUGAGUGGCUCUCUCAGAGCAGUCAGGAAACCAGCGACACAGGGCCCAGGGCCCCUGUAGACCUCCAGCUCUCUGCGGGGCCCCAGAAUGGGCCCUACGGCUCCAGCACCCAGCCAGAAAGCCUCCCCGGGUUCUACAGCAGCCAUGGGCGAGGAAGCACGCAGCUCCAGGAGGGGCCCCCACACAGACACAUCCACGGCUCCCCUUUUGCCACACACCAAGGGCCCAGCGCAGAGAGUCUCCUCAGUCUGCACUCCAACACUCAAGUGGCAGAGACAGGCUUAAGCAGCAGCGUGGAGGAAGAAGAGACGUCGGGGUAUGAGAGCGAGGGGGAGCGCUCCCUCUCCCCCGCGGCUCCGCAAGACACCCUGACGACGUCCCCGGAUACGUCCCCCUCGACCGGACGACGGCCCCGCACUGCCUUCACCGCCGAGCAGAUCAGCCGGCUGGAAAAGGCCUUCAAACGCAACGCGUACCUGGGCACACACGACAAGGCCGAGCUGUGCAAGCAGCUCAGUCUGUCCGACAAGCAGAUCAGGAACUGGUUCCAGAACCGGCGCAUGAAGCUGAAAAGGACCCUCCAGGACGCCCUGGCCCAGGCCUGCCAGGCGAACACCACCUCGCAGCUGAUGCAGUAUCCAGAGGCCCAGCCUUUUUGGCCUGGCUACUUCUCUGUGCACGAGAGCUCCGCCCCCUAUCUGAGCCCCGCCAGCGUGCGCUACACUCCUCAGGCCGCGGUGGGCUCGAGUCCCGCCAUGUGCCUGGACUCGCUGUACCAGUGCGCCAGCAUGCCCGGCCUAGUCAUGCCUGCUGCCAGCACCCCACUCCUGUCGCAGUACCACCCUUACCGUCAUCCCUACUAGAACCACACUGAAACCUGGGGACACCAUAGCGUGCAGCCUACUCCACGCUCGCUCCGUCUGGCUGCACAGUCCCAUACCCAUUACACAAGUCAACGUUUCAUUAAAAACCUACUUGCUCAUCUGUUAAAUCUAAUGUGCUUGAUGUGUGCUGUUCCCAUGUAAACAAUGGAAACAGUCUAGCAGUGGAAAAAAGCUCUGGUAU